AUGGCAUUCUUUUUCAGGACCAUUGACAACAGAAUCAAAUUAUCAUCAUUGCUGUCUAUCCCCAAAGUCACCGAUGUUCACACUAUGAACAAGAUCACGUCUGAUGAGCUUAAUCGUCUAGUCACUCACGAGGGUCCACCAGAGGCCUCACGACCACUAGGACACCUACUUUCUGAAAUAUUCCAGCCUUUCACAGAACCUCUUCCCAAUAAAUUCAGCGAGACAUCACCAGAUACCCUAGUGCCACUGUACAACACUGAAGUGAAGACUUGGAAUUGGGCUCUCCCAGUUGACUCACCUGGAAAUGAUGAUAGUAGCCUUCCGAGUCAGGUCGAGUCAGAGAGCAAUAGUACACAGGAAGCAACCCAUGAAGAAAUUGUUGCAGCAUUUCUCAAUGCUCUGGCUGGCUGCUUGGCGGCGUCACAGCCCAAACAAGUAGCCAUGCGCUUUGCAACUAGUUCAUGGAGUGCGGCCAAUGCACAUGAGGCAUUGCCCGGCAGUGACAUCAAGUGCAAGCCAGAUAUUGUUCUAUCUGACGACAUUUUAGCAAAGUGGGGAAAUAUCAGAGUCUCAGCUGAACUCACACACAGUCACUACCGGCCUGCGAUGCGACUUGGGAAGGCUGCAGAUACCCAUGCCUAUCUUAUGAUGAGUGAGCAGCCCUGGAGGCGCUUUGCUCUCAUAUUAUCAUUCACAGAUGAAUAUCGCCACCUUAGAGUCUUGAUGUAUGAUCACUCUGGUGGUGCUGUGUCCCCUCACUUCAAUAUCUACACACAACCUGACAUAUUCUCACAUAUCAUCGCUGCUAUUACUUUUGGGAGUCUGGAGUGUGUCGGCUAUGAUCCCACUGUUUCCUUCUCAAGGAUUGUUUCACCACCUCGAUCCAAAGAUAUCUGCAUCUAUCAUCCCAUCAAAAAUGCUUCUGCCCGACGUAGUACGACAGAUUAUGCUAUUGCUGCAUCCACCUCCAAUUCUCUUCCAUUUCCCGAGGAUCCCGAUGGAGUGUUGUCUAGUGAUGCUCUUAAAUCGGCAGUCUCUGAUAACUAUGAGUCUUCUAAUGACUCUACUCAUGAUGCAAUGCCGAGCGGCUCUCCCACACAUGACUCGAUGGACGAGGAGUACUUCCCUCCCCCCUCGCCCCCAGUGCACCCCACUGCAACCCACAGUGCUCCCCUUCUUAGCCUUGCAUCCCAAGCACCCCAGGCUGAGAUGACCGAGAGCAUCUAUUCUGUUACCCCUCUCCCUUCCCAAUUCCCCUAUUCUACUCAAUCACCUGAACCCUGCGGCAAGAUCUGCGUAGGGCAGACAAUCUACACCAUAAAGAGAAUUCUUUUUGGGAGCCGGGGCCUCGUUGGUCAUGGCACCGUUUGCUACUUGGUCACCUUAGACGAUGAAGACUAUAUCAUCAAAGACCAUUGGGUUGUGGGUAAGGACGAUCAGGUAGUCCUGAACGAGAUCAAGAUGCUGGAGUUGAUGGAUGGUGUCCCUGGUGUUCCAAAGCUGGUGGAUUAUUGGGUCGUUGAACGGUCAGAUGAUGACGUUAACGCUAGUGAAGGCUUUCUUAUUGACUGGGAGUUUGCGGUUUGCAUCGCUGCAGAUCACAAAUAUCCCAUUGGUGGUACAGGCACUGUCCCUUUCAUGUCACACACACUUCUUAACCAACUCUCAGUCAUCCAGCAGGAAGCCAACUUGGAAUCUCAGAAGAAAAAAGCGACUCGGGGACGCAAAUCAGUCGAAAAACCGAAAACCCCGAAGUCGUCCUCCGAUUCUAAGGUGCUACCUAUAACAUACGUCAUUCAAGAUGGAAAGCGUCUUCUGGACGAAUUUCACCCAUACUUCAACACCCUGAUCCCCCUCGCAAUAGAGUGGCGUAGAGUUCUGGUGGACAACAUGAUCCACCCUGUCACCUUCGACACCAUUCUUGGUGUACUCAACUCUCAUCUCGACAAGCUUCCUGACGACGAGGAGCUCGUAUCUACUGUAAACAUGCUCAGGAAUGAUGCUGUCAUUCUCACACAUCGUGUCAAGGGCAAACAGAUUGCUUCAGAGUCUUUAUCUGUGGUAGCCACAACACCCAAGCGGCAAAAGUCUCAUCAUGGUGAUACCGAGUCCGACUCCUCACCAUCAGGCAAGUCGCCUUCUCCUGCAUUCUUUCUUGCAGUCAUGCCUCCUCGUACCAUCACCAGUCCCAAGAAGAAAAGGUCCAAGUGCAAAGUAUCUGAUGCUUCAAAGGCUGGCUUGCCCAAGAAGACACGGGCUGCAGACGUUGCUGAAGUACCCGGUGCGGUACCUCUUGUAUCCCUUGGCCUCACUGCAGCAGAAGUGACAGACAAUGCACCCCAGCGUUCUGGCCGCCCUAACACGGGAACUGGAGGUAGGAACGCACAGCUGGAGAAGAUUGGAUCAGUACUACAAUCUAAGCCUCAAACCUAUGGACGUAAGGGCAUGACGUCUCUUGGCCCUGACAUUCCAGUCAAUCCUCAAGCCCCAGAACCGCAUCGUAAAGGUCGAAAUAAGUCUUCAAAGGCGGUUCCUCCACCAUAUAGCUCACAUGAUCUAGAUACCUGUCCAGAUGUCCCAGCCAUGGAUAUCGUUCACACAGGGCCCAGCUUUACAUCGCAGCAACCUGGUGGAAGGUUCAGAUUUGCUCCAAGCACUAUGGAGAUUGCUCAUUCUGACACUACUGAGCUCAAUCUUCAUGCAUCGAACGACCCAUAUGUCGCCAUUAGGACAAAGGUCGUUGAGCAGCGCGCUCCUGACGCUAUCGCUGAGCAGAGAGCUAGAGAUUCAAUUGCUGAGCAGCGAGCUAGGGACACAAUCGCGGAGCAGCGAGCUAGGAACGCAAUCGCAGAGCAGCGAGCUAGGGACACAAUCGCAGAACAGCGAGCCAGGGAUGCUAUCACUAAAUGGCACACCCAGAAUGUUGUCCCUGAAAAUCCAGUAUUGCUAAGGUCCGUGUUUUUGGAGCAGAACUUGGAUCCAGCCCUACAUCAGGAGGAUGACGUUGUUAGGGCUCAGUAUCGUUUGAGGCUGCUAGGAUCCGAGGAGCACAGUGACUCCAAAGGCAGUAGCAGCAGUGAUGAUAGUGACGACAGCGACGAUGAAGAUGCCAAUGAAGAGGAUGAUGGAAAGGAUGAAGAGGAGGGGGAUAACAACGACACGGUCAAGAGCUCGCAGGAUUUUGGUUGGGGGGAGGUUGGCCGACACCAGAAAGAACAUCCAGGAUUUUUAGAAGAUGCACCACCUUCACAACCUGCAGUUGCUCGCGCUCUCACACCUGAAUUUGAAUUCCAGUACUUGCACGAUGAAAAUGAUGUGAUUGCCCAAACGAGCCUUGAUAAAACUUCACAGAACAAAAGCUCUAAGGACCCUCCAGACAGCUCACCAGGACUGCAAAGGCAACAGUCCCAACAUAUUGAGACCAUUACCUCAAAGCCCGACGAUGUAUUGCAGUGCCAUCAUAAGAAAAAUGGAAAGCCCCGCCUUCCUGACCCUGAAUCCCUCAAACUAUUGGAUCAAGUGACCGAGUCUAGUGUCCAGCCGUCAAAAAACAAAAAGUCCAGGUCAUCGCAUGGUGGGCCAACGCCUGAUCAAUUAUCUUGGUACGGGCCGCGCUGGAAAAGUUUUCUGGAGGAUGCCAAAGCAGAAUGUUGUGUGCAACACACCCUGGAGAACCCGUUUCCAACUUUGGUGAAGAAUCUACCAGGAACAAUCACUGAAGUUCUCAUUGCAGUGUUGGUCGUGUGGGAUACAAACGGCAAACAAUUUGAAGCUGGCAAGUACUCAUUCGUUCUUAUUCGUUCUCAAACUCAUCUGUCAUAUUGUGAUGCAGGGGUUUGGCCAGAACAAAAAUUCAAUAUGACUCAGUUGUCCGAGUGGACUGAGAUUCGGCGAGACAGACGUGGUUCUUCUCUCGAGUGA